AUGUCGCAGUCGGUUCCUGUGCUGGGGGAGGAUAAGCUCAUGGCCAUCCUGACGGAGCGAGAGCUGAAGAUCUACUGGGGGACCGCCACCACGGGCAAGCCGCACGUGGCCUACUUCGUGCCCAUGUCCAAGAUCGCAGACUUCCUGAAGGCAGGGUGUGAGGUGACGAUACUCUUUGCUGACCUCCAUGCUUACCUAGACAACAUGAAGGCCCCCUGGGAGCUGCUGGAGUUGCGCACCCGCUAUUACGAGAACGUGAUCAAAGCCAUGCUGGAGAGCAUUGGGGUGCCCCUGGAAAAGCUGAAGUUCGUCCGGGGCACUGACUACCAGCUCAGCAAGGAGUACACGCUGGACGUGUACCGCCUCUCGUCCGUGGUGACGCAGCACGACGCGAAGAAGGCGGGAGCGGAGGUGGUGAAGCAGGUGGAGCACCCCUUGCUGAGCGGUUUGCUCUACCCUGGCCUGCAGGCCCUGGAUGAGGAGUACCUCAAGGUCGACGCACAGUUUGGAGGAGUUGAUCAGAGGAAGAUAUUCACCUUUGCAGAGAAGUACCUUCCUUCCCUGGGCUAUGCCAAGCGCGUCCAUUUGAUGAACCCCAUGGUUCCCGGUCUGACAGGCAGCAAAAUGAGCUCGUCAGAAGAGGACUCAAAGAUUGACCUUCUGGACCGCAAGGAGGAUGUGAAGAAGAAGUUGAAGAAGGCUUUCUGCGAGCCAGGGAACGUGGAGAACAACGGUGUCCUCUCCUUCAUCAAGCACGUCCUCUUUCCCCUUAAGUCAGAGUUUGUGGUUCUGCGAGAAGAAAAAUGGGGAGGAAACAAAACCUACACAGCCUAUGAGGCCCUGGAGAAGGACUUUGCUGAGCAGGUCGUGCAUCCCGGAGACUUGAAGAACUCGGUGGAAGUGGCCCUGAACAAACUGCUCGACCCCAUCAGAGAGAAAUUCAACAGCCCGGAACUGAAGCAGCUGACCAACGCAGCGUAUCCCAACCCGUCCAAAGCCAAGCCUGCAGAGAAGGGCACCAAGAACUCGGAGCCGGAGAACGUGGUCCCAUCCCGGCUGGACAUUCGCGUUGGCAAAGUGAUCAGUGUGGAAAAGCACCCAGACGCCGACAGCCUGUACGUGGAGAAGAUCGAUGUGGGCGAGCCUGAGCCCCGCACCGUGGUCAGUGGCCUGGUGCAGUUCGUCCCCAAGGAGCAGCUGCAGGACAGGCUGGUGGUGCUGCUUUGCAACCUCAAGCCCCAGAAGAUGAGGGGUGUGGAGUCGCAGGGCAUGGUGCUGUGUGCCUCCAGCGUGGGGGAGCCGCGGCAGGUGGAGCCCCUGGACCCGCCGGCCGGGUGCUGCGCCGGGGAGCGCGUCUACGUGGAGGGCUACGAGGGCGGGGAGCCCGACGAUGAGCUCAAGCCGAAGAAGAAGGUCUUUGAGGAGCUGCAGGCCGACUUCCGCGUCUCCGAGGACUGUGUCGCCCAGUGGAAGCAGAGAAACUUCCUGACCAAGCUGGGGAGAGUCUCCUGUAAAAGCCUGAAGGGAGGGAGCAUCAGCUAACAAGCGCCAGAGCCGCGGCUCGUGCCUCCUGCCUGGCCCCCUCCACCACCUCAGCCAGGCUCUCCUCCCUGGUCUCUGCCAUCUCCUCCCCAAGUGCCCCGAGCCGGGGGCUCAGCCCCGCGGGACCCGGGGGCUCUGGGACUGAAUUUGCAGCCUCCCACCUGGAGAGCUGCCUCCGACAUCCCCCUCGCCCUGGGCCCGCUCAGCCGGCGUCCGUGCCUUGGCUGCGGGCCAGCUCUGGGGGACUGGCGGUGGCACCACACCUAAGGGACCCGUGUGACUUGU